UAACCCACCUCUCACACGAUGUCAAGCUUCGCCAUUAGCAGCAGGCUUUAGAAGAAAAGAAGAAGAAGAAGCAGCAGCUGCCAGAUCCACAGCUCGCUCCAGUUCCCUUCUCUUCGAUCCUCCAAUGGAGCGCCUGGAUCCGCCCGUUUCUCCUCCUCUUCUCGGUUUGGUCGUUUUCUGUGGACUUUUUCUCGGCGCCUUCGUGGACGCCUCGGUGCACAGCUACGUCGGCGCGGCGUUUGCCCCCAAAGGCAACGCCUUUGUCCUACACGGCGGUAGCGAGGGGCUCUACGCCUCUUCCCCCGAUGGCAACGCCACCUCCGGCAGCGGGGAGUCUUUCAUCCGCUUCGAUAAGAUUACUUUCAAGCGACCGGAGGAAGCUGCUCAAAGUAGUAAAGAGACUGCUUCUUUUACAGUGCAAGCAAUUGUGUUUGAGGUAGAAGAUCGAGAAACAAUUGGUGGAUCAGCCUAUGGCGGACAACGAGCUGUUUGCUGCACCCCAGAUCUUGCUAAAUUAGGUGCUUGCACUCAGGGUACAGUCAUUUAUAGAACUUCCAAUCAAAAUCCUAAAUGGCCUCAAGUGCUUACUGCAACAUUCAGUGGAAAAGACCGUUCUACAACUUUGCCAUUGCACACUAUUUCCAUCACAAGGACUGGGAUGUACAACCUGUAUUUUAUAUAUUGUGAUCCAGCACUUAAAGGAUUGGUGAUAGAGGGGAAGACUGUGUGGAAAAAUCCCACUGGCUAUCUUCCUGGAAGGAUGGCACCUCUCUUGUAUUUUUAUGGAUUUAUGUCUCUUGCAUUUGUGAUACUUGGAUUAUUUUGGUUCUCGCAGUAUGUGAGGUUUUGGAGGGAGGUUCUUCCACUUCAGAACUGCAUAACACUUGUCAUCACAUUAGGCAUGUUUGAAAUGGCAUGGUGGUACUUUGAAUAUGCUGAGUUCAAUGAAACUGGUCUCCGACCCAUGGGAACCACCUUUUGGGCAGUAACCUUUGGUGCAGUAAAGAAAACAGUGUCACGAGUUAUUAUUCUUGUUGUUUCUAUGGGGUAUGGAGUUGUCAGACCGACUCUGGGAGGUCUCACUUCUAAGGUGAUCAUGCUUGGAGCAACAUUUUUCCUAGCAUCAGAGAUACUUGAGUUGGUAGAGAAUGCAGGUGCCAUAAGUGAUAUAGCUGGAAAGGCAAGGCUGUUUUUGGUCCUUCCUGUGGCACUACUAGAUGCAUUCUUCAUUUUGUGGAUCUUUACUUCUCUUUCCAAAACUCUAGACAAACUCCAGGCGAGGCGGUUGAUGGCUAAGCUGGACAUCUACAGGAAGUUCACAAAUGCUUUGGGUGUUGCUGUUGUUGUAUCUGUUUGUUGGAUUGGUUAUGAGCUUUAUUUCAAGUCAACUGACAUAUACAACGAGAGCUGGCAGAGGGCUUGGAUCAUUCCUGCCUUUUGGCAAGUUCUUUCCUUAUCUCUUCUCUGCGUGAUUGCUGUUCUUUGGGCACCCUCUCAAAAUUCAAUGAGAUUUGCUUACUCAGACGAUGGAUCUGAAGAUUUUGAUCGAGAGGAGUCACUCUCACUAAUAAAGCCUGGACCAAUUCCUCCAAAGGAGACUCACAGUUCCACUGAUGCCAAAGCAGCUUUGGUGUUCAACACCACCACCAACUCUCACAAUGGAGACAUUGAGGAAGACAAAAGAGAGUAGCAAAAUCAUGUCCUGGCUGUUUCAUACCAUCAGAGAAUUCAAUAAGCAGUAUCAAAUUGAUAUAAGGAGAUCUUCCACUUCAACAUGAUAGGAUUUCUAGUUUUUUUUGUUGUUGUAGAGACUGGCAUUUAGGAGCCUCGUUCUUUCGCCUUCUUUACUUUUAGACCACUAUUUAUCGUGUUGUACCAUACCAUGCCCGGGUAGUUAAUUUUGAUUUUACAUUUUCUGAGGGGACCAAUGAGUGUCAUAUCCUUGGACAAUAUUGGUUGGAUUGUGCACUUUUAAGAUGUAAGUGUUGCAUUGUAACGUUGGCUGUGUAAAUUUGAGGUUUCUAUUGCCUCAUUUUGAUCUUCGA